CUAAUACUUGGUCCUUGUAGCUACAGCACUGUGCAUGCGCUAGUGUAAGUAAUGUGAAAAAAGCAUAGGUGAUUUACGUUUAAUUUCGUAGACUGAUUGAUGAUUCACAGUUGAUCGCAGUUUUUAUUUGUAUAAAAUGUUAUAAAAAAAACAAUGUGACAGAUUGAGAACAGAAUCUAUAUUUGUGUAAUCAGAAUUUAUAUUUGUUGCGUUGUGUGGACUUGUGUAAAGCUGUGUAUCUAUCCAGAAAUACAUAGAAAAUCUUUGAUGAUUUUGUGUUUUGUGAUAAUCAAAUAUAAUGGCAUUGGAUACAUUUGGAAUAAUUAAGGACAUUUCUCCAGUAUUCCGCCCUUACGUGCAGAAUGUUUAUCAAGAUUUGAAGCUAGGUUUGUGUAAGAAUAAAGUGGAUAUAGAAAGAGUUUCUGGGUCGUCCGACGCUGCGGAAAGUCAAUUUCGAUUAGUACUACCCUACUGUUCCAAGAAACUGAAAUGGGAGGUAAUUUUUGACGCCUCAACACCUUGGUUCGCGCCAGAUUUCAGAUUUGACGAUGAUAGUUUCCUCAACAACAUUGAUGAAGAGUUUCUAGAACAGAAACUGCCAAGUUUAUCUAAGUGGAAUGAAAAUGAUCCAAAAGCAUUGAGUGAUGUUAUAUCAGAGUUGAUUAGUCUUUAUAAAAUUCAUCAGAUUAAAAAGUUAAAUGAAGAUGAUAGUUCACGGGCGUCAUUUGAAUACAGUGCGCUAUUGGGUGAUGCCCUGAGCUCAGAAGACAUUGAGGUGUGGGUGGGGGGGCAUGUUGUGGAGUUUCUUAUUAAGCUAGAUGUGGAUGUAUCGAGGCUGCCUGAAGUUUACAGUGAUGGAACUGAACAAAAUCCAGGCAUUGAUUCUGCUUUAUUACUUGUGAGGUACCCAAACUCCACAAAUGCAGAGUUGAUAUUAUCACCCGUGCUGACCAAAUCAUUAGGGAACAUUACACUGCCAUUAAUGCAUCAAUCAGCAGUGCUCAUGGACUAUGUCCCAAUGGUGACAGAAUUGUUAAAUAACAAGAUAAAAGAUCUCUUGGAUAACGAGAAGUUGAAGAGAGAGUUAUUGGCCCAGUUGAUUGUGAAAUAUGAAGGAGCCAUAUUGGAACAUGACACCAACAAUGCUGCCUUCCUAUUUCAAAUGAAUGAUUUCCACUGGAUUUUACAAAUAGAUAUAGGUCUGAGAUUUCCUGAAAAACCUCCUGUCUUAACCCUGAGGUCUGUUUACCACUGCAUCAAGGGUAAACCUAGGAUCAAAGUGCUGCCUUCCUGCCCUUAUCAUAACUUUGAAGGGUACAUUGAACAACAGGUUGAAAUAUUCAAAAAUGAAUGUAGAGGUGCAGCUCCCAGCAACCAGAUUACAAAUGUUGAAAACUGAUUAAAUACAAUUUAAUAAGUAAACAACUAAGAUCUUACAAAAUAAAAAACAAAUCUGAA